CGUAACUUUGCAUAUAUAUUAAUAAAUGGGUGAUCGAUUAAAUAUAAUAGGAUAUUAUAGAUGGUUGAUACAUCUCUUCAGCUUCAGUAACUUUGCGAAAGAGAUAAUUUAGAGUUUUUAUAACUUUUUUUGUAAUAAAUAAAUUUGAAAGUAUUAAUUUUCACCCAGUUAAAAAAUAUAGUUAAUUUAUAGUAAUAUUAACGUUGAUAGUAAAUAAAGAAUUAUAGUAAAAAUGCUGCAUUUAAACAGUGUACCGGAAGACUACGUAAAGAAUACGGCCCAAUGUGCUCAGCUGGCGCUGGGCUGCAGCCGUGCUGCUCAUCAGACAGCGUUACGAGGAGCCUCCAAUCCAAGUCCUCAAUUGGCAGCACUUACUCCUAAGGUUCGGGCUUUCGUGGAACGUAGCGCGGCGCUGUGCCAGCCGGAGCACGUGCACGUGUGCGAUGGCUCUGAUGCUGAAGCCACCGCACUCCUGCAGCUCAUGCAGCAGCAGGGCACGUUGAAGCAGCUGCCCAAGUAUGAUAAUUGCUGGCUCGCUCGUACGGAUCCUGCUGACGUGGCACGUGUGGAAUCUCGCACUUUCAUCUGCUCCGAGAAGGAAAGGGAUAUAGUACCAGUGGCGAGGGCUGGCCAGAAGUCCGCCCUUGGUAACUACAUCAACCCUGAGGACUACGAAAAGGCUGUGGCCGACAGGUUCCCGGGAUGUAUGAGGGGCCGUACUAUGUACGUGAUACCGUUCUCAAUGGGACCAGUAGGCUCUCCUCUCUCCAAGGUCGGCGUGGAAGUCACCGAUUCUCCAUACGUGGUCUACUCUAUGAGAGUCAUGACGAGGAUUGGAAACAAAGUGUUGGACGUUCUUCGACAAGACGAGACGUUCGUAAAAUGCUUGCACGCAGUGGGUACUGGUGGAGGCGUACCUGGAUGGCCGUGUGACCCACCACGCACCAUUAUCUUGCAUAAACCAGCUGACAACGAGAUCGUUAGCUACGGUAGUGGUUAUGGAGGCAACAGUCUUCUAGGCAAGAAAUGCUUCGCUCUUCGUCUAGGAUCCGUUAUAGCGCGCCGCGAGGGAUGGCUGGCCGAACAUAUGCUGAUUGUCGGUAUAACGGAUCCAAAAGGCCGCAAACGGUAUGUGGCAGCGGCUUUCCCGUCGGCCUGCGGGAAGACCAACCUCGCUAUGAUGACGCCCACCCUGCCGGGGUACAAGGUGGAGUGUGUCGGCGAUGAUAUUGCGUGGAUGAAGUUCGAUAAGGACGGUGUACUCAGAGCUAUCAACCCGGAGAACGGUUUCUUUGGUGUAGCACCAGGUACAUCAACGUCGACGAAUCCAAUUGCAAUGGCAACAGUAUUCAAUAACUCCGUUUUUACUAAUGUCGCGGAGACGCAAGACGGUGGGGUGUGGUGGGAAGGCAUGGGACCAGCUCCCGCCAACCUAACCGACUGGAAGGGACAGCCAUGGACACCAAGUGUUAAAACACCCGCUGCACAUCCUAACUCCAGAUUUUGUACACCAGCGAAUCAGUGCCCAAUUAUAGAUGACGCUUGGGAGAGUUCAGAGGGUGUACCCAUUUCUGCCAUCUUGCUGGGCGGUCGGCGGCCCACGGGCGUGCCCUUAGUGGUAGAAGCAAGGGAUUGGAAACAUGGGGUGUUCAUGGGAGCUUCUAUGAGAUCUGAAGCAACAGCUGCCGCUGAACAUAGUGGUAAGGUGUUGAUGAACGAUCCAUUUGCGAUGCGACCUUUCUUCGGGUACAACUUUGGCGAGUACCUGAACCACUGGCUCUCGAUGCCACAGGCGGGACGCAAGAUGCCCAAGAUUUUCCACGUCAACUGGUUCAGGAAGAGUGAUGAGGGUAAAUUCCUCUGGCCCGGUUUCGGUGAGAACUCCCGCGUUUUGGACUGGAUACUCCGCCGUUGUGACAAUGAGCCGUGUUACGUGGAUACACCACUCGGUUAUGUGCCCAGAAUUCUUGUACUGAACACACAAGACCUCGGCCCGAUCGAUAUGAAGACACUGUUCAGUAUACCUCAAGAUUUUUGGCUUCAAGAGGCUGACGCAAUUGGAAAAUAUUUCAAAGAGGAAGUAGGUGAUGACUUACCUAAAGAGAUGUGGAACCAACUGGAGACUCUCAGAAAUAGAGUCCAACAAUUAUAGACCAAAAAUAGUACAUAAUACUCUAAAAGCAUAGAUAAGAAACUACACAGAGAACAUUCCUUGACAAUUGUAUAAUAUUAGUACAUAAGUAAAUUUAUAUCAUUUUAAAUUAUAACAUUAAAUAUAGGAAUGACAAAUGUAAUUGUACCGGAGAUUCUUUUUUAUAAAAGACGUAUUACAGAAAAACAUGAUGGCUGUGUUAUAUAAAAAUUUACAUAAAUAUAUUCGUAUGAUAAAUAAUUUGUGUAAUGUUAUAAAAUUAAAUAUAUAUUAUUAAAUUAGCAAAUAAGUAAU